AUGUCCAUGUUGGACUACAACGCCAGGGACCGCGCCCUCUACGGCUGGAACAACGGUCACCAGGUUUGGUAUAAUAACAAAGGCUGGCACGCCAUGGUGGCCUUCAUGAACGUGGCCAAUAACGCCAUCCUGCGGGCUUUCCUGCCUCCAUCCUCCAAACCUAUGGAGUUUGGCAUCACCGCCAUCAACCACCCUCUGAACCUGACCAAGGAGCAGCUGUCCGAAAUCACAGUGUUGAACACUUCAGUCGACGCUGUGGUUGCGAUCUGUGUUAUUUUCGCCAUGUCCUUCAUCCCCGCCAGCUUCGUCCUCUACCUCAUCCAGGAGCGAGUGACCAAGGCUAAACACCUGCAGUUUGUGAGCGGGGUCAGCCCUGUGGUUUACUGGGUGGCCAACUUCUUCUGGGACAUGGUUAACUACUCCCUCAGCACUGCAUUGGUGGUUGGCAUUUUCCUGGCUUUUGAUAAAAAGUGUUACACAUCACCAUCCAACCUGCCAGCACUAAUAACUCUGCUUCUGCUCUAUGGGUGGUCGGUGACGCCCCUGAUGUACCCCAUGUCCUACAUAUUCGACAUCCCCAGUACUGCCUACGUGUCUCUGUCCUGCAUCAACCUGUUCAUAGGCAUCAACAGCAGCGCCAUCACCUUCAUCCUGGAGCUCUUUGAAAACAAUCUGUCUCUGCUGAUGUUCAAUGAGUGGCUGAAGAAAGGCCUGCUGCUGUUCCCUCACUUCUGCCUGGGGAGAGGGCUGAUCGACAUGGCCAUGAACCAGGCUGUGACGGAUGUUUAUGCCAGAUUUGGUGAGGAGUUCACACAGGACCCGUUCCGGUGGGACUUUGUGGGGAAGAAUAUAGCUUUCAUGGCAGUGGAAGGCUUUGUCUUCUUUAUUCUUAAUCUUCUGAUCCAGUACCGCUUCUUCAUGGACAAUUGGUUCACAAAGUGCCCGCAGACUACAGUAAGAGACGAGGAUGAAGACGUGGCAGCAGAAAGGCAGAGAGUUUAUGACGGAGCGAGCAAGACAGACAUCCUGCAGAUCAGAGACCUCUCUAAGACGUAUGUGGGCAGGAAGAGGGCAGCUGUGGACCGGAUUUGUGUGGGUGUCCCUGCAGGAGAGUGCUUUGGUCUUUUGGGAGUUAACGGAGCUGGAAAGACGACGACCUUCAAAAUGCUGACUGGGGACAGUGAUGUCAGCUCGGGGGAGGCCACUGUGGCUGGGUACAGCAUCCUGACAGAGAUUCUGGACGUGCACCAGAACAUGGGCUACUGCCCUCAGUUCGAAGCCAUCGAUGAGCUGCUAACCGGCAGGGAGCAUCUGUACCUGUACGCUCGUCUCAGAGGGGUGCCGGAGUGCGAGAUCCCCAGAGUGGCAGAGUGGGGCAUCCAGAAGCUGGGCCUGACGGAGUACGCGGGCCGCUGCGCCGGGACCUACAGCGGAGGCAACAAGAGGAAACUCUCCACAGCGAUCGCGAUGAUCGGGUGCCCGGCGCUGGUGCUGCUGGAUGAGCCCACGACAGGGAUGGACCCCCACUCUCGACGCUUCCUAUGGAAUGCCAUCAUGAGUGUGAUCCAGGACGGGCGUGCCGUGGUGCUAACAUCACACAGUAUGGAGGAGUGCGAGGCCCUCUGCACUCGACUGGCCAUCAUGGUCAACGGGACUUUCAAGUGUCUGGGUACCAUCCAGCAUCUCAAAUACAAGUUUGGUGACGGCUACGUAGUGACCAUGAAGAUGAAGGCAGCUCGAGCGGGCGUGUCUCUGGACCUGGAGCCCGUGGAGAGCUUCAUGGAGAGCAGCUUCCCCGGCUGCGUGCAGAGGGAGAAGCACUACAACACGCUGCAGUACGAGAUCGCCUCCUCCUCCCUGGCCAGGAUAUUCCAGGUGGUGGUGGCCAAUAAAGAAAGGCUCAGCAUCGAAGACUACUCUGUUUCCCAGACAACACUGGACCAGGUGUUCGUUAACUUUGCCAAGCAGCAGACAGCAGAGGACGAGGACGCUACGCUAAACAAACGGACGGCAGGUCGAAGAAAAGAUGUCAAGAUCUUGCCCGUGCAGAGGAGAACACGUAAAGGUCCCGUGUAAAUAAACCGAAACGGGGCAGUGAUAUAACUUUCUACAUUCCACAGUUAAAGCAGCACUUUUAAAUAUAGCCAAAUUAUUUUUAGAGUAGAGACGAGACUUGCCAGUUAACCUGCCAAAGUAACUGGUAACACUGGCUUUUUUUUCUAGCCACUUAACAAGCAGCAAACCGGAGUUAGUCUUCCAAAAUAUUGUAAAAAAAGACAUUAAUUAGACUUUAAAUGAUGUAUUUUAACAGCAAAACUGUGGGGAAACAGCUGGGUGUUCGUCUAAGUUCAUCUGGUGUUUAGAUUGACUGGCAUGUAUACAUUUGUACAUACUCUAUGUUAAAAUAUUUAAGCACCUUAGAAACAGAUUUUUUAACGUUUACAUUAACGCACACACCUCAAUUUUAUGUCACACAUGUAAACAAAUGUCAUAUGAUAUUGGUUGCUAAUUCUUUUCCAUAACAUAUUUAUUAUUGCUUCUUUUUUGUUCAGUCAUUCUUUGUUCAGUAUUUCAUACACUGCCAUGUUAUGUUACACCUCUUGAAGGAAAGGGAAAAAAGAUAUUUAACAAAAUAAAGCUGUGAAUGAAGAGGAUUUAUAUUUUGUAUCUGAACAAAUAAAACUUUAAUAAGCUUUAUG